AUGACUCUUAAGUCUAUCCGCGCCGAGAUUGAGUCCAGUACUACCCUUGUCCGUUCCGCGCUCGCCGAAGAGCACUACAACAGUGCUCUCGAGCUUUUCGACGAUAUCUACCGCUACGAAUUUGAGAAGUGCAAGUCCCGACAACAGGAUAAGUAUCGCAAGAUUAGUACAGAGGGUAAGGAUAGUUCCGUAUGUGCCGAUACUAGCUCUCGGGUCGUCAAUUUGUCUAAACGCAAAUUGACUUCUGAUGAGAGUGCGCUGCUCGCCAAGGGACUUAACUUUUCAGUAGCCCCGAAGCAUGUUCCCGCUACCGAGAUUGUUGCGAAGGUGGAAUCCUCCAUUCGUUCACUUGAUGCCGAGACCAUCGGCUCCGUAAGAAGAGAGAUAAAUGCUAUCCUCUCCUCCGCCGAACCGCCUAAACCUAACAUUACUCCCGGCAUGCGCAAAGCCUUGAAAUCGCUCAAGGAAGACGAGUCUAUUAUGAUUUUGCCAGCAGACAAAGGCCGCGCCAGUGUUAUUCUGGACACCGAUGUCUACCGCGCCAAGAUGUCCGAGUUAAUUGAAUCCGGCCCCUAUCGCGCUAUCGGGAAGGACCCGACCGAUCGCCUCUCCCGCAAGCUUACCACUAUUCUUCGCGGCUUUCACAAGAAUGGUGACAUCGAUGAUUCUACCUACCGUAAGCUUAAACCGUCGCAGAAGCAACCGCCCAGGAUCUAUGGACUACCUAAAAUCCAUAAAGCUGACAUUCCGCUCCGUCCGAUUGUAUCAUGUGUGAGUUCGUUUGCUUACAACACGUCUAAGUAUCUCGCUGAUAUUCUUGCUCCCUUAGUCGGGUCCAAUGGACAUGCUGUCCAUAACUCUGCAUCGUUUGUUGAUUUCCUGCGCAGCGAAACCAUACAGGAACACGAAGUCAUGGUUUCAUUUGAUGUGGUGUCAUUGUUUACCAAUGUACCCAUCGACGCCGCAUGA